AUAUUAUGAAUAAUAUUAACAACAUUAAAAAAAAGCUUAACAAUUAUGAUAAAGAACUUGAACUAUUAAAUCAUAAUAAUGCUGAAACAGUGAAAACUAUUUCUAAUAAAAAGAAAGCAAAAGAUGGAUUUGCUGAUGAAGUCAACUCUGUAGCAUAA